AUGGAUCUUAAUAGAAUCCCUGGAAAUGAAGGUUUCAGAAGAAUUAACUUUCUGUUUCAAGCUGCUAUUGAAAUUUUUAAUAGAAGCCCGAAAAUUGCCCAGCUAUAUAUUAAAGAUAUGAGACUUAUAGCAGAAAAACUUGUCUUAAGACUGUAUAUGCCAUAUAGAGAUCCAAGCUUAAAACGAGAAUUUUGCAAAAAAUGCUCAUAUCUCCUUACCCAUCUCCCGAAACAAACACAAUGUAUUACCUAUUUAGGCCUUGGUAGCAGACUAUACGCAACCACAGUUUGCCCUUCCUGCAAAUAUAUAAAGAAGAUAAAGAUUAACUAA